AUCACAGAAAACAUCCUCCAUAACCUAGAUAGACUCUGGUUUUUGUUGUUUUAGAACAUUUGAUGGAUUUUAUAUUGUAUGCCUUUUUAUGUUGUAGAAUGUUUGUUGCUAUUUUCUAGUCUUUAACCUUAAUGCACUGAUAUAACUUUUCUAUUUAGUUAAACUGAUUUGCUGUUUGGUGAGAACUUAUAUAUAACUGACUUUCUGAAAAAAAAUGUCUGUUAGCUGUUCACAAUGAAAUGAAGCAAUGAAAUCAGUCAGCAUAUUUCUAAAGUAAAGGUAUUUUUAAGUUUAAGGCUGUGGUCACCAUUCAAAAUGUAAAACCUAGUAGUACCAGAUUUAACAUUUUUAUUAGAAUUCUUUGUUUUUUGCAUUUAUUACAUAAAAAUAAAAGAAAUAGCUCAUGUCAUGCGUUUGAUGAAAAAGUCCUAGAUUUGGUUCCUGGGUGAAAGUCAAAGUCAAGAAAGAUCAAGACCUUUAUUUCCCUUCAUUUCUGUCUGCUUCUGAAAUUUACCAGAGGCAGAACAACAUGUCUAUCACAGUAAUACAUUUAUUCGUAAAGACUAUUUGAUCCAUCCCUUAAUGCAGAGGUACGGCGAGAUAAUUAGUCUGGCACCACAAGACUCCAGAUAGUGUCAAAAACUGGAUCAGGUGCCGGUCCUCUGAGGGGUUCCUGUAUCCCCCCGUGAGAUGCUGAUGCUCGACAGAAUUAGGCAGCCCUAUUAAGUUCCUUAUUCUUUAUAAGUGUUGGACCCUUUUCACCACAGCCUCAUUGCAUUGUCUCUCAUGCUGUCACUCUGAGUGCUUCUGAAACUCCUCAAGGGCGUCAUCAGCCUCCCCAGACCUCCUCACUCACUGAAGGGUGUGGGUGACUUGAGUUCCUGGGAAGUUUUGAAUAACACAGAGAGGAAAGAAAUAAAAGGAAUAAGCCCCACAAGCCCUCAGUCAUCCUGCAGAAAAGAGAAGACACGGGAAUAAGCCAUGCCUCAGCCGGUCCCUGAAGCGAAACCAGCGGGGGAGGAUGCACACCCAGCAGAUGGAGGUUCAGAAACUGAUGACGAUGAGCCUGGGUCCACCCAGCUCACUGGAAUGUUUGUGGAGAAGCCGCCGAGUAAUAUAACCGCUGUUGCAGGAUCGGAUAUGACUUUUGUAGCGAAGGUAGACUCGAGCACCCUGACGAGAAAACCUACCAUGAAAUGGCUGAAGGGCAAGUGGCUGGACCUUGCCAGCAAGGCUGGAAAACACUUGCAGUUCAAAGAAACUUAUGACAGAAAUACUAAGAUCUAUACUUAUGAGAUGAAGAUCAUCAAAGUGGUCCCCGGAGAUGCUGGGGGCUACAGGUGCGAGGUGUCAGCCAAAGAUGUCUGUGACAGCUCCACCUUCGAGAUCUCGGUGGAAGCUGCGCAUCAGGACGAUCAAGCAGACAUUUUGUCUGCUUUCAAGAGAGCAGAUGCUGGAGAGGAUGAAGGAGAUCUGGACUUUAGUGCUCUGCUGAAAGCCACAAAAAAGAAGAAGAAACCUGAAAAAGAGGAACCAGAGAUAGAUGUUUGGGAAUUACUUAAAAGUGCCCACCCAAGCGAGUAUGAGAAAAUCGCCUUUAAGUAUGGCAUCACUGACCUGAGGGGCAUGCUGAAACGUCUAAAGAAGAUGAAAGAGGAGCCCAAGCAUAGUGAGGCCUUCCUGAAGAGGCUUGAAUCCUGCUACACGGUGGAGAAGGGGAAGAAAAUAGUGCUUUCUUGUGAGGUGGUUGAUCCUAAUGUCCAGGUCAAAUGGUUGAAGAACGGCCAGGAGAUCAAACCUUCAGCCAAGUAUGUCAUGGAGGCGAAUGGGAACAUCAGAACGCUCACCAUCAAUAAGACCAACCUGGCUGAUGAUGCUGCAUAUGAGUGCGUGGUUGGUGAGGAUAAGUGCUCCACAGAAGUCUACGUCAAAGAGCCUCCUGUGACAAUCACCAAACUGAUGGACGACUACCACGUGGUUGUGGGAGAAAGAGUGGAGUUUGAGAUUGAGGUGUCUGAGGAGGGCGCUCAUGUGGUGUGGGCCUAUGAAGAUCAAGAGAUUCAAAAAGACAAGGAUUCCACAAAGUAUCGCUUCAAAAAGGAUGGGAAAAAGCACACAUUUGUCAUCCUGGAGGCAACACUGGAUGAUGCUGGAAUGUACCACGCUUGGACGAAUGGAGGGCAUACUAAAGGAGAACUGGAAGUGGAAGAAAAGGAGCUGGAGGUGUUGCAGGACAUAGCUGAUCUGACAGUCAAAGCAACAGAUCAGGCAGUGUUCAAGUGUGAAGUGUCUGAUGAAAAAGUCACGGGGAAGUGGUUCAAGGAUGGAGUGGAGGUCCUAGCAAGCGAACGCAUAAAAAUGACUCACGUUGGAAGGUUCCACCGGUUGAUUAUCGAUGACGUGAAGCCAGAAGAUGCUGGAGAUUACACUUUUGUUCCUGAUGGAUACGCUCUGUCGCUUUCAGCCAAACUGAACUUUUUGGAAAUUAAGAUUGACUAUGUACCCAGACAAGAUCCUCCGAAGAUCCACCUGGACACUACUGGAAACAUGGUCUCCCAAAACACCAUUAUAGUUGUAGCAGGGAACAAGCUUCGUCUGGAUGUGGAGAUCACAGGAGAGCCGGCUCCCACGUGUGUUUGGUCUAGGGGCGAGCAACCAAUCACAGACACUGAAGGGCGUGUGAGGGUAGAGGCCAGGAAAGACCUGAGCUGCUUUGUCAUUGAAGGUGCAGAGAGAGGCGAUGAGGGCAACUACACGAUCUGCGUUACCAAUCCUGCUGGAGAGGACAAGGCUAUGCUGUUUGUCAAAAUUGUGGAUGUUCCCGACCCCCCUGAGAAUGUCAAGUGCACAGGAGUGGGAGAGGACUGUGCCACCAUUGUUUGGGAACCUCCUAAAUUUGAUGGUGGUGCACCAAUCAAAGGUUAUCUAAUGGAAAGAAAGAAGAAAGGCUCCUCCAGAUGGACAAAACUCAACUUCGACGUUUACGAAUCCACUACAUACGAGGCCAAGAGGAUGAUUGAAGGAAUCCUGUAUGAGAUGAGGGUGUUUGCCGUUAACAGCAUUGGCUUGUCUCAGCCGAGUCUUAACUCCAAACCCUUCAUGCCAAUCGCCCCGACUAGUGAGCCAACGCGCCUGACAGUGCACGAUGUGACAGAUAGCACAUGCAGUUUGAGGUGGCUCGCCCCGGAGAAGAUUGGAGCGGGAGGCCUGGAUGGCUACAUUAUUGAGUAUUGCAAGGAGGGAGACACUGAGUGGGUAGCUGCAAACAAGGAUCUGUGUGAGAAGCAGGGAUUUGUGGUGCGUGGCCUUCCUGUAGGGGAGAAGAUCAACUUCAGGGUGGUGGCAGUAAACAUUGCUGGACGCAGUCUGCCCGCCAUACUGUCACAGCCUGUUACCAUCCGUGAGAUUGUUGAACACCCAAAGAUCCGCCUUCCCCGCGAUCUGAGAACAAAGUACAUCAGGAAAGUUGGAGACAAGAUAAAUCUGACCAUCCCUUUCCAGGGUAAACCACACCCUGUUGCAACUUGGCUGAAGGACGGUAAACCACUCGACCCCAAGAUGGUGAACGUUCGUAGCACAAACGUCGACACCAUUCUCUUCAUCCGUUCAGCAGAAAGAGAUCACUCCGGAACAUACGAGCUGACUCUAAAGAUUGAGAACAUGGAGGACAAAGCCUCCAUUGUCAUCAGAGUUAUUGAGAGGCCUGGACCUCCCCAGAACGUGAGAGUGACAGAUGUCUGGGGCUUCAACGCAGCUCUGGAGUGGGACCCCCCUAAAGAUGACGGCAACAGUGAGAUCACUGGAUACACCAUCCAGAAAGCUGAUAUGAAAACCAAGGAGUGGUUCACCAUUUAUGAACACAACAGACGGACAAACUGCACAGCGUCAGAUCUGAUCAUGGGUAAUGAGUACAUUUUCCAAGUCUACAGUGAAAACCUGUGUGGCCUGAGCGAGGAGCCACGCUUAAGCAAGAACACGGCACUCAUCGCCAAGACAGGUUUGGACUACAAACCAAACCCUUACAAGGAGAAAGACAUGGCGUGUGCACCCAAGUUUACUCAGCCUCUGGUGGACAAAUCCGUCGUAGCUGGUUACAGCGCCGCAAUCAGCUGUUCCGUCAGAGGCUUUCCAAAGCCUAAGAUUGUGUGGAUGAAGAACAGAAUGAUAAUCGGUGAGGAUCCCAAGUUCUUGAUGCAGAACAACCAGGGAGUGCUGACCCUCAACAUCCGGAAGCCAAGUACUUUCGACGGGGGCAAAUACUCCUGCAUGGCUGUCAACGAGCUGGGUCAGGACGAGGUGGAGUGCAAGCUGGACGUCAGAAUUGUGACAGAGCCGGAGAACAAAUGAGCCAAACAACGAAGAAUGUGAAAGGACAUGAACCAAACAGUGAAUGAAGAGUGAAUGCUCCCACAAAGGACAGACGAGUCCAGAAGAGUGAAUCAAAUCAAGUUUAUUGAUGGCUGCUAAAAUUUGAAAUUAUUUUGAAUUACAUCCGAAAAGAUUGUUUAAAAUCCUUUAGUGAACAUUCAGGCAUGCAGUGUGUUGUUGUAAUCUUACAAACACAAUGUAUAAAAUAAAAAGAAAACAAGCUCCUGAACAUCACAAUUAAAAUAUGGGAGAUCAUUUAAA